AUGGAUCAUGAAUCUGACGUGGUACGGAUUUCAGGUGGAGUAUUCGUAUACGGGCUCGUAGAUUAUGGAGAGGUAGAAAAGCAUUCAACCUCUCGAUGCACUGAUAACACGAUAGCUCGUAUGGAGAUGUGGAACAGUGCAGUGAGAAGACAACACAGGAAGAUGUUUAUUGGACUUUACAUAUAUAAUAAAUCUAAUAAAUGA